GUGGAGGCCAGUGGAGGGAUUGGCAGAGAGGGGGGAGGACACCGAGUGGAGGCCAGUGGAGGGAUUGCCAGAGAGGGGUGGAGGACACCAAGUGGAGGCAAGUGGAGGGAUUGGCAGAGAGGGGGGUGGAGGACACUGAGUGGAGGCCAGUGGAGGGAUUGGCAGAGAGGGGUGGAGGACACAGAGUGGAGGCCAGUGGAGGGAUUGGCAGAGAGGGGUGGAGGACACAGAGUGGAGGCCAGUGGAGGGAUUGGCAGAGAGGGGUGGAGGACACUGAGUGGAGGCCAGUGGAGGGAUUGGCAGAGAGGGGGUGGAGGACACCGAGUGGAGGCCAGUGGAGGGAUUGGCAGAGAGGGGUGGAGGACACAGAGUGGAGGCCAGUGGAGGGAUUGGCAGAGAGGGGUGGAGGACACUGAGUGGAGGCCAGUGGAGGGAUUGGCAGAGAGGGGUGGGAGGACACUGAGUGGAGGCCCGUGAAGGGAUUGGAUUGGCAGAGAGGGGUGGAGGACACCGAGUGGAGGCCAGUGGAGGGAUUGGCAGAGAGGGGUGGAGGACACCGAGUGGAGGUCAGUGGAGGGAUUGCCAGAGAGGGGUGGAGGACACCAAGUGGAGGCAAGUGGAGGGAUUGGCAGAGAGGGGUGGAGGACACUGAGUGGAGGCCAGUGGAGGGAUUGGCAGAGAGGGGUGGAGGACACAGAGUGGAGGCCAGUGGAGGGAUUGGCAGAGAGGGGUGGAGGACACAGAGUGGAGGCCAGUGGAGGGAUUGGCAGAGAGGGGUGGAGGACACUGAGUGGAGGCCAGUGGAGGGAUUGGCAGAGAGGGGUGGAGGACACUGAGUGGAGGCCCGUGGAGGGAUUGGAUUGGCAGAGAGGGGUGGAGGACACCGAGUGGAGGCCAGUGGAGGGAUUGGCAG